UUGUUUAAUAUGAAUCUGUAGAAUUUAGAAAGAGGACUUACUUAAUGUUCUGGUGUACCAUCCGAACACGGUAUUAGUCAAUUUCUGGUGGUCUUGGGUUUUAGCGUAGACUGACCAGAGUCCGCUAAUACCCCUCAACUUUUUUAUUUAAUCCAGUGUGCUUUGCUCAAAGUGAUACAUCAUGACUGAAGUCUUUCAAUUUGGGGUUGCCCCCAUCACUUGCCAUGCAUGGAAUCGAGAUCGUAGUAAGGUGGCACUUAGUCUCAAUGACAAUGAAGUCAACAUCUAUGGCCGUGCAGGUUCUGAAUGGAAACUUGAAGAAACUCUGAAAGGCCAUGAUUUACGUGUAACUGGCAUUGACUGGGCACCUACUACCAACCGAAUUGUUACUUGUGGAGCGGAUCGCAAUGCAUAUGUGUGGACUUGUGGAAGUGAUGGAAAGUGGAGCCCAACUCUGGUGCUACUUCGAAUCAAUCGUGCUGCCACUUGUGUCAAAUGGUCACCAAAUGAAAAUAAGUUUGCUGUUGGGUCUGGAGCACGUUUGAUCUCUGUGUGUUACUUUGAGCAGGAAAACAACUGGUGGGUGUCCAAACAUAUCAAGAAACCCAUCCGAUCAACAAUUACAACCCUUGACUGGCAUCCCAAUAAUGUGCUCUUGGCUGCUGGAGCUGCUGACUUCAAGGUGCGUAUCUUUUCUGCCUGGAUUAAGGACAUUGAACCAAAACCUACCCCUACUCCUUGGGGAGCCAAGAUGCCUCUUGGCCAGCUCAUGACCGAGUUCUCCAAUUCAACAGGAGGAGGUGGUUGGGUGCACAGUGUCAGUUUCUCUUCGGAUGGAAAUCGUGUGUGUUGGGUUGGUCAUGAUUCCAGUCUUACUGUAGCAGAUGCUGGAAAGGAAAUGUCCAAAACUCAGUUGAAGACCGAGUACUUACCUUUUACGGCUGUGUCCUGGAUCGCACUCAAUUCAUUGGUGGCAGUUGGUCAUGGGUGCUGUCCAAUGCUUUAUUCAGUUGAUGACACAGGAAAGUUAACUUUUAUUAGCAAGCUUGAUGUUGCACAGAAGAAGGAAACUGGAAGCUUAAGUGCCAUGAGGAAAUUCCAGUCUCUUGACCGAACUGCUCGGUCUGACCAGUCAGACACAACCCUGGCUACAGUUCAUCAGAACACCAUUACGGGUCUUGCAAUUUUUUCUGGAGAUAAAGCUGGUGCUCAGGCCAUCUCUACAUGUGGGGCAGACUCUCAACUGGUCAUAUGGAACUUUAAGUCAUUGGAACAGUCCAUUGGGGAACUCCGUAUAAGUUAAACUGCUGGAGCAGGAGGAUGGUUACAAAUGUAACUGGAAUACCAGGUUAAUGGCCCUACAUGGAUAUGGAGAGCUUUGUGCAUUUAAAUAAAUUACUUAAGGUUGAUUGUUCUUUAUAUGGUAAAUUGUUCUUUACAUGGUAAAUCUUAUCAAUUGUAUUUAUGAUUUAUUGAUUUUGUUAAAAUUCACUCUUUAUUAACCUAGUUAGCAGUGUUUCAUGAGAUGCAUUCCCAAAAUAGAUGUAUAGAAUUAAUAAUUGUUUUAUUAAGAACCUUACAUGUUCAGCUAUUUACUUUUUGUAAAAUUCAACUAAAAUUUAUUAGUGCAGAACAGUUCACUUAUUUCCGUAAGUUGCAAUUGAAAUGUAAACUUUUUAACAUGAAAAUAAAAUUCUGUAUCCUGGAUUACUUACACAUUUGCAAGAACAUCGUUGAUUCUAUUGACAGAAACCUGACAAAAGUCAUACAGAUUAAUUUGAUGAGAGAUCACUUAGAUAAAUAUUGCAUCGUCUAGACUUACCAUUAAAUAAUAUAAUUAAAGAAAUGCAACAAUCUAGCAUACCUACGAGUACUAUAUUACAAGUAGACAUCAUAAGCUUAUGGACUACAGGUAAGUAACAAACUGUCAACAUCAUAAGUUUUAGAUAGAACCAUGAAGCACUAAGCUCCUGUCCAUCCAAGAUUAAAUAUUUAGUUUCAAUAUUUAAUAGCCAAUUUAUUGACAGUCUUUCUUCCCAUACAACUUCAGUUUACUAUACAAUGCUGUGCCUAUUUCAUACUAUACUUGAUGAGAAAUCAUUUGUUUGAAGACAUAUUUAUUAUUCAGAACAUGAGCCCACAGGGGCCAUGACUUGAAAUUCAAGCUUCUAAAGAAUACAGUUUUCAUUUGAAAGAAGUAACAAAAAUGUAUUAGAAAUGAAGAAAUCGGUCAUUAAAAAAUAAUAAAUAGAGAUAAACAUGUAUUCAAAUACACAGAGAAAUGUUUUAAGGUAUUAAUAUACUGCAUCUUUGCUUGAACAUUUUAAGCUCCAACUGCAUAGCCUCAAAAUCCAAUUAAGAUUAUACAACCUAAAAUUUUAAUAAGCCGGUGAUAAAAAGACAGGUCAGUAGGGGCAAAUAACAGACAACCAUAAAAUAAGAUAUUACAGCAAAAAAUUCACAGUUAAUGUCAAAUAUUGAUGAUAAAACAUUAGUAAUGUAACAUUUUACAUUUAACUUUUUUUUUAUUAUUAAAAA